AUGUUCAUAAAAGCACCAUCUCCCCACAAUCACCUGCUUCCGCUCUCGGCUCUGCCUUAUAAAAGUUUCUCCACGGUUCUGGCCACAGUUCACAAGCAGGCACAGGUGAGAGCGAUUAGUUCAUGAUUUGGUGACGUCAUUUCUUGCUAGCUUUUUUAUAGCUUCACCACAGUACUGUGGACUUCAUACUGUAAGCGUGAUGCUAGCUAUGUUACUGUAUGUUCAUAGUGAUUUUAGUUUCUGAGAUUUGCACAGAUUGCCUUGUAUGUGAAUUCAUACAUUUUACAAUGUAUUUAAAUAUUUGCCUUUGAUAGAAUUGUCUAUCAAAUGGAAUGAUAGCUAAACAGAAUGGUACCCAGACUGCAAUUCUCAGACCUUUCUUGAUAGUCCAUUCCUGUAACUCAACAAUACUUUCUUGCACAUUGCUAUAUUAUCUUUAUGGAGUCAGAUAUAUUUUGAUAGACUUUGUUAAAGGUAGACUCAGCGAUAUGACGGGUCACGUGAGGUAUAUAUGUAUCAACUAGAUCAUUAGCUGAAUGCUAACGUUAGCUACCAGCUGAACCAUAGCUAAACAGCUUUUACAUUACAACUUUAGCAUAUAAAAGUGACCUUAGAAUAAAACAGGCUUAAUUUGAUCAACAUCAUGUAAAUCACUAGAUGAGAUGAAAGUGACUGAAAAUGUUUAAUUCACUGGGGAGUUGAACCUGCUUGCUGAUGCUGUUCCAUUGAAAUGACCAUUCUGACUGCUUUUGAGAUUCCAUUUUUUAUUUUUAAGCUACUGCAACAAUUAAAACAUUUAACAGGCUAUUACUGCAAUUUCAGGUAAAAAUUAAAUAAAACAAGAUUCAAAUAUAUGUAAAAUGUCUAUACAUUCUAAAAAGAUUCCUCUCCUAUUAAGAUUUUUACUUUAUGAGCAUUUUGCUUGAGACAAUUAUAAAUUCUACUGCUCGGAUGGGGGUCUUGCACACUCCCUAUGAAGGUGACAUACGAGACAUGAAAAAUGUACACUACAGUAAUAUGUGUAUACGCGGGUAUUAAAAACUCUAGUAAAUGUAUGUAGUGUAAAUUACCCCUUUAGAAAUGUGAAAUUGUUAAGGGAUGCAUUUGCUCAAUUGUUUGGUCUUAUUUGCAGAGUGUGGUUUUCAGUCAUGACUCAACUACCUAGAUUCUGGAACGUGGGAUGGUCUUCCUUUCUUGACUGGUGGAGUAAUCAGAGUGUUGUUUCAGAGCAAGGUGAUUUUUAAUGUUUUUGUGUCAUCUGAUGGAGGAGCGUGCACUUUCCAGGGUUCUCAACAUUUGAAUAGAUAUCUACAAUACCAUGAAUUGGUUUUGUAUAAAGAUCUAAACCAUGCAAAGAACUCGUUGGUGAUUGUAAUGAUCGACUUUAUGAUCAGAUUACCAUGACUCUAUUCAACCCUCUGCUUUUACCUCAUUAGACAAUGUGACAACUACAGGACCUUCUCAACCCUAUGGUCAGCAGCACCUGAAUGAACCUCUUCUGGACCACAGAGAGGGCCAGCUCUUCCUGACCGAGGCUUUUAAAGUGAUCCUUGAGGAGGUGCUAUGUAAGGGCAUAGACGUCAACGAGAAGGUCUCACAUCCCUACAUCAAACUGUUGACUGUCUCUAGCCUAACAUGACUGUUCUCUGCACUGUGUCAUAUAUUGUUAGAUGUUUUGCUGCACAAGCCUUUUGGUAAGUCUUGAGUGACAGAUACCUGUCCAAUGUAGCAAACAUUUUUAGGAACCACUGGGCUUGUACCAUUAUGUUAACUGAUAUCUUCUUCACACCUGACUGUGUGCAUCACAAUCAAACCAUAGAGGUACACACUCAGUGCUGUAUUUUCAGGGGUUUCUUGUUCUUGUUAUACACCUGGUUACAGGUGUGUGAGUGGCGCGAGCCAGAGGAGUUGGCUGCUUUGCUAGAUCUGGAGCUGAGAGAGAAUGGGGAGCCACAGCAUCAGCUGCUGCAGAGAGUACGGGACGUGGCCAAGUACAGUGUCAAGACCCAGUAAGUCCGCCCUGGGCCUAGCUCUGGUCCAGGGUGUUAGGGCGGUUUGCUGCUGGCCUCACUAAGGCCCUGGACCAGAGCUACCCCGAUCCCACAGGGAAACCUUAGAGGGAGAUGAGUGUGGUUCUGGUUACAGUCGAUUCUUGGUCAAUGCAAUCGCUUGGGACUGUCCAGAAUGCAUACACUAAAGUAAAGAGUAUAUCUCUUUCCAGAUCAUCCACGGUUCUUCAAUCAGCUCUUUGCAGGGGUGGACUACCAUGCCUUGACAGGACGAUUCCUUACGGAGGCUCUUAACACUAGCCAGUAGGAGGGAGCAAUAUAUAUAUAUAUAUAUAUAUCAGUGGAGGCUGGUGGGAGGAGCUAUAGGAGGACAGGCUCAUUGUAAUGGCUGCAAUGGAAUCAAUGGAACAGAGUCAAAAAUGUGGUUUCCAUGUCUUUGAUGUGUUUGAUACUGUUCCAUGUAUUCCAUUCCAGCCAUUACAAUGAGCCCAUCCUCCUAUAGCUCCUCCCACCAGCCUCCACUAAUAUAUACGCAUAUAUACCUACCAUCAAUUAUGUUAUGGUAUAAAGAGGCUGGAUGGACUGUUGUACAAUUUAUUUUACAGGUAUACCUAUGAGGUAGCUCCAGUGUUUGUCCUGAUGGAAGACGAGGUACUCUCAAAGCUACGUUCUCUAGUUGGGUGGGCAGAGGGAGAUGGCAUCUUCUGCCCAGGCGGUACUGUGUCUAACAUGUAUGCCAUGAACCUAGCACGCUACCGGGCCUUCCCAGAAGUUAAACUAAAGGGACAGUUGGCCCUCCCUCGACUGGCUGUCUUUACAUCUCAAGAGGUGGGGAAAACAGUAUGGUAGAAGUAAUACACUAUUUAACUUCUCAUUCAUUCAUAUAUUAAUUCAUUCUACACAAACUUUCCUCCAGAGCCAUUACUCUGUGAUGAAAGCAGCUGCAUUUCAGGGUAUUGGGACAGAGAACGUGUUUAUGGUCAACGUGGAUGAUAGGUAAAGUGAUAAGAACCUUUCUUUCUUUGUGACUCUUUUGUAAGUCAUCUCAUUAACAUCUCUUAUCAUUCCUAGGCAUACAUGAUUUACAGAUUUUAACACAUGCUCUCUGUUGUCCUACAGGGGUUGCAUGAUUACAGAGGACCUUAGAGAGAAAAUUGAGCUGGCGAAAUCUCAAGCAAGUUUGCUGUGGUUACCUUGUAAUUUACUGUGUCAAUUUUAUUAUAUCUGCUGUGAUACAGUAUACAGUAAUUAUAUAGAUAUCAUUAGGAAAUAGCCGCUAGACUAAUGGGAAUUGCUGAUAGACAAUCAGUGAUAUCUUACACAAGGAUCUGGUGAAUUCCUAGUACUCCGUCAACAUUCCAAGUAGUUUAUUUGCAAUUCCUAGUAGUCUAUCGGCAAAGCACAUAUCACACUACAACGCAUCAAGUAGAGAUGUAAGGACAUCAUUCAUUACCCCUCCUCACCUACCAGGGGGCAGUACCAUUCUUUGUUCACGCUACAUCAGGAACGACGGUACAAGGCGCCUUUGACCCACUGGAGCCCAUCGCUGACAUCUGUGACAGACAGGGGUUGUGGAUGCAUGUCGACGUGAGUCCUUCUUAAAGUGAUCUUUUAUUCAAGAAUCAAACUUUGUCCAACGUUCUCAGACCACAAAAGUAGUCUUCUGUCAAGAUGAUUCGCGACAGCAUCUGUUAUGUAGAUCAAACUUCAUACUCCAUUCCCAAAAGAAUGUCAAAGAUAGCCACCGUCUAAUUAAAUCCUUUUCAACAGUGACCAUAUUUCCCAUUGAUUUUGAGCUGAAGAAUACUGAUUGGUGUUCUCUUGUGGUUUGUCACAGGCAGCCUGGGGAGGGAGUGUUCUCUUCUCAAAAGAACACAGACAUCUCAUGAGAGGAAUUGAGAGGUGGGAGUCAGGUGCAUGCUAAGGAAUAUACAGUGAGCACCAUAAUUCAUUGGACAGUGACCAUAUGUUUGUUAUUUUGGUUCUGUACUCUAGCACUUUGAGUUUGAAAGGAUACAAUGACAAUGAGGGUGAAGUGCAGACUGUCAGCUUUAAUUUGAGGGUAUUUUCAUACAUAUUGGAUGAACUGUUUAGAAAUGACAGCACCUUUUGUACAUGGUCCCCCCAUUUUAAGGUACUACAAGUAUUUGUUAAAUUGGCUUCACAGAUGUGUGUUGUUAGGCAGGUGUAUUCAUUUGUGUCGUUAGUGAAUGCAUGAGAGCUGUUGAUGAAUAGUAUUGAUUCUAGACUUUGCUAUUGCCUUUGGAGGUUGUUGUUGGGGUGUGACAACAUGAGGAAGACAGCAGUGUCGAUGCAAAUGAAGCUGGCCGUCAUAAGGCUCAGAAAUGAAAAUCAAUCAAUACGGAACAUUGCAAAAACCCUGGCCAUGCCCAAGUCAACAGUUUGGUUCAUCAUUAACAAGAAAAAAAAACAACCGGUGAACUCAAUUAUGUCAAAAGACCCGGUAGACCGAGGAAGACCACUGUAGUGGAUGACCGGAGUUUACGCUCUAUGGUGAAGAAAAACCCCUGACAACAGCACAACAGAUCAAAAACACUCUCUUGGAUGCAGGUGUAGAUGUGUCAAAGUCUACCAUACGUAGAAGACUACACCAGCAGGACUACAGAGGGUACACUACAAGAUACAAACCACUGAUAAGCCUGAAGAACAGAAAGGCAAGAUUAAAGUUAGCUAAAAAGCACCUAAAAGAGCCCCAAGAGUUCUGGAAAAAAGUAUUGUGGACAGAUGAGACAAAGAUUAACAUGUACCAGAGUGAAGGAAAGAGGAAAGUGUGGAGAAAAAAAUGAAAUGCCCAUGAUCCAAAGCAUACCACCUCAUCCGUGAAACAUGGUGGAGGGGGUGUUAUGGCUUGGGCCUGUAUGGCUGCCAGUGGAACAGGCUCACUUGUCUUCAUGGAUGAUGUGACUGCAGACAGAAGUAGAACAAUGAAUUCUGAAGUCUACAGAAAUAUUUUAUCUGCUCAGAUAAAACCAAAUGCCUCCAAACUCAUUGGACGGCACUUCAUCAUGCAACAAGACAAUGACCCUAAACAUACUGCUAGAGCAACGAAGGGGUUUUUGAUGGCCAAAAAGUGGAAAAUCCUUGACUGGCCGUGUCAAUCACCGGAUCUGAAUCCAAUUGAACAUGCAUUUUACAUGCUGAAGAGGAGACUGAAGGCAAUAAGUCCCCGAAACAAGCAGGAACUGAAGAUGGCUGCAGUACAGGCCUGGCAGAGCAUCACCAGGGAAGAUACCCAGCGUCUGGUGAUGUCGAUGCAUCGCAGACUUCAAGCAGUCAUUGCAUGCAAAGGAUAUGCGACCAAAUAUUAACAAUGAUUACUUUAGUCUACAUUAUGUUAAACUGUCCGAUGUUUUUUGAUGCCCGAAAAUGGGGGGGACCAUGUACAAAAGCUUCUAUAAUUUCUAAACGGUUCAUCUGAUAUGUAUGAAAAUACCCUCAAAUUAAAGCUGACAGUCUGCACUUCACCCUCAUUGUCAUUGUAUCCUUUCAAACUCAAAGUGCUAGAGUACAGAACCAAAAUAAAAUAAAAAAUUGUCACUGUCCAAUGAAUUAUGGUGCUCACUGUAGUUUCUGGAAUGAAAUGUUACACAAUAUCUAAAUGUGCUGCAAAAAACAAAGCUCCGAAAUUUAAUUCAGCCUGUGUGUGUACCAAAGUAUAGGUUAGGUGUAUUGAUGUCUCGCAUGACUGGGCUAGUCUUCCGUAAGGCUCAACAUAUGACUUUGACUCCCGAGUGUAAUGAUGUGAAUGUUUGUGAUCAGAGCCGAUUCAGUAACUUGGAAUCCACACAAGAUGAUGCUAACUGGCUUGCAGUGUUCAGCCAUUCUGCUCAAGGACACCACGGUAAGACAACACAAUACCCCUUCACCCAGCCUGGUCUCAUAGACUAGACAUAACAUAGUAACGUAAAUCUGAGACACUCAAAUUAGUAGGAUAUGUUACGUUUGGUAUGGUUACAUAAAACAGAAGGUUACUUAAGGCCAAAACAAAAGUUGAGUGGAUGGGUAGGUGUAUAACAUGAGCAUCUCACGUUUGAAUCUCAUCAUGGACAACUUUAGCAUUUUAGCAAACUACUUUUUAAUUUACUUUGCAACUACUUAGCAUGUUAGCUAACUUUAACCCUUUAACCUAACACUUAACCCUAACCCCUAGCCUAGCUAACAUUAGCCACCUAGCUAAUAUUAGGGAUAGCCACCUAGCUAACAUUAGCCAGAACAUAUUGUACGAAUUGCAAUUUGUAACAUAUCAUACAAAUUGUAAUUCGUAACAUAUCACACGAAAUGGAUGAUGGACAUCCACAAAUUAAUGCAUACCAUACGAAACGUAACAUAUCAUACAAAUUGGAGUAUCCGGGAUUUACAUUUAAUAUGUUAGGUCUAGCCCUGAGUCCAGGUUGCUUCAUCAGAUUCCACACCCAAAGGGUUGUUCUUGAAUUGCUGUGGCAUUUGCAUCUCUUGCCUUUGCAACCACGAAAAACACUUUAAAAUGACAAAUAGUUACAUCUCAUACAUGUUUUUGUUUAUAUUGAAGUAUUUGUCAAUGAUAAAACAUUCAGACCAUUUGCUAUGAGACUUGAAAUUUUGCUCAGGUGCAUCCUGUUUCCAUUGAUCAUCCUUGAAAUGUUUCUACAACUUGAUUGGAGUCCACCUGUGGUAAAUUCAAUUGACUGGACAUGAUUUGGAAAGGCACACACCUGUCUAUCUAAGGUCCCACAGAUGACAGUGCAUGUCAGAGUAAAAACCAAGCCAUGAGGUCGUAGAGCUCCGAGACAGGAUUGUGUCGAGGCACAGAUCUGGUGAAGGGUACCAAAAAAUGUCUGCAGCAUUGAAGGUCCCCAAGAACACUGUGGCCUCCAUAAUUCUUAAAUGGAAGAUGUUUGGAACCACCAAGACUCUUCCUAGAGCUGGCCGCUUGGCCAAACUGAGCAAUCGGGGGAGAAGGGCCUUAGUCAGGGAGGUGACCAAGAACCCGAUGGUCACUCCGAUAGAGCUCCAGAGUUCCUCAGUGGAGAUGGGAGAACCUUCCAGAAGGACAACCAUCUCUGCAGAGCUCCGCCAAUCAGGCUUUUAUGGUAGAGUGGCCAGACAGAAGCCACUCCUCAGUAAAAGGCACAUGACAGCCCGCUUGGAGUUUGCCAAAAGGCACCUAAAGGACUGAGACCAUGAGAAACAAGAUUCUCUGGUCUGAUGAAACCAAGAUUGAAGUCUUUGGCCUGAAUGCCAAGCGUCACGUCUGGAGGAAACCUGGCACCAUCCCUACGGUGAAGCAUAGUGUUGGCAGCACCAUGCUGUGGAGAUGUUUUUCAGUGGCAGGGACUGGGAGUCUAGUCAGGAUUGAGGGAAAGAUUAACGGAGCAAAGUACAGAGAGAUCCUUGAUGAAAACCUGCUCCAGAGUACUCAGGACCUCAGACUGGAGUGAAGGUUCACCAUCCAACAGGACAAUGACCCUAAUCACACAGCCAAGACAAUGCAGGAGUGGCUUCGGGACAAGUCUGAAUGUCCUUGAGUGGCCCAGCCAAAGCCCGGACUUGAACCCGAUCUAGCAUCUCUUGAGAGACAUGAAAAUAGCUGUGCAGCGACGCUCCCAAUCCAACCUGACAGAGCUUGAGAGGAUCUGCAGAGAAGAAUGGGAGAAACUCCUCAAAUCCAGGUGUGCCAAGCUUGUAACGUCAUACUCAAGAAGACUCGAGGCUGUAAUCGCUGCCAAAGGUGCUUCAACAAAGUACUGAGUAAAGGGUCUGAAUAGUUAUGUAAAUAUAAUAUUUAAGUAUUUAUUUGUUAGCAAUUAGCUAAAAUGUCUAAAAACAUGUUUUUGUUUUGUCAUUAUGGGGUAUUGUGUGUAGAUCGAUGAGGGGGGGAAAAAACGAUUUAAUCAUUUUUAGACUAAGUCUGUAACGUAACAAAAUGUGGAAAAAGUCAAGGGGUCUGACUACUUUUCGAAUGCACUGUAUAUUAUCCAUGUUGUUGUUCAGCCACGACUCUGAGAAACCUAGGAUAUUACAGUUCUUCAGUUCCCGUUAAUAGGAUAGUCUCUAACAGAGCUCAUCCAGUCCAGGCGCUUUAUCUACACGCCAAUGUAGUUUUGUCAGGGUGCCCGCUCGUCGGCCUCUCUUGCGCUCUUUCUCUUCCGAGUCUCUGGGAUUAGGGACUGGUCCGGGGUGAGCAGUAUGUCCUGUCCGCUGACUCGUUGAAGUAGAAAUCUUCAUCCAAAUCGAGGUUAGAGAUCACUGUUCUGAUGUCUAGAAGCUAUUUUCCGCCAUAAGAAACGAUGGAGGAAACCUUUAGUUAAGAUCUGCGGAAAAAAAAUACAGAGAAAAUAGCAGAAUUGGUUUGGAGCCUGUAAAAUGGCAGCUAUCCUUCUAGUGCCAUUCUCUGUUUAUGAUGACAUAAUCCUGUGGACUUUAUUCAAAUCCAAUGUAUUUUCCAAGUAGAUUCCACGUCACAAUACGUUGACAAAUUACAUUUACACAGCGUGACGUCCUUUACAUUACAAUGACUAAGUCUACAUGAGCAGCUCCUUUAUACUCUAAAACGUAUUGUUUAAGGGGAUAGUUGGACAUUUUGGCAAAUAAGCCCUUUUUUCUACUUACCCUGAGUCAGCUGCUCCUGUAGACUUCCAGUCAUUAUGCAACUGUAGUUAGCAAUGGCACCAUAAACUAGCUUUAAUAUAUUGUAUAUAUCAUCAAAUAAAAACAAAGGCUUUUAAAAUACAUUUUUUUUUUUUUUACAAAUAUGUGUCCCUAAGUUUUAGGUCAUUGGUGUUACCGCCUUGGAAAUCACUUAUUACAAAGAUAUACAAGGACCUUGAGCAUUCCCUCCAGUGGCAAACUGUUAUCGGGUAGGGGUCUAUAUUAAAGAAAAUUAUUAGCUAAUCACAUCCUUUUAGUAUGUCAUCAAUUUUAAGAUUCCAUUGAUAAUUUGGUAGCCUGGUUGCCAGUGUUUUUAGCUAACAUCCCACUCCUGGUACUCCAUGACGUGUCAAAUAACACAGAGGACAAGGAGUGGAAUGUUAACUGAAAAGACUGGCAACCAGUCUAACAAUUUGAUGUGUCUAAAUAAAAAGUCUCAUUGGUAUUACUCAAUUUAAAUGAAGAGCAGAAUGAUUCAUUAUUAUAUAGCGACCCGCAUAGACAGCUAUGCGUGUCUGAGUUGUCGUUCCUUUGUUGUGAUUUUGUGAUGCACUUUUCCUGUGCCCAGGUUUCGGAAGGUAGCUUAGCGGAUAAGAGCGUUGGGCCAGUAAGUGAAAGGUCGCAGGUUCGAAAUCCCAGAGCCGACUACGUGAAAAAUCUGUAUAUAUUCCCGUGAGCAAGGUACUUAAUCCUAAUUGCUACUACUGUAACAUGCUGACCGUAACAUGCUGACCAGACCGCUCUCCGCGCAUGUUGAUUUUGUCCACCCACACCAGACACGAUCAGGACACGCAGGUUGAAAUAUCAAAACGAACUCUGAACCAACUAUAUUAAUUUGGGGACAGGUCGAAAAGCAUUAAACAUUUAUGGCAAUUUAGCUAGCUAGCUUGCUGUUGCUGCUAUUUUGUCCUGGGAUAUAAACAUUGGGUUGUUAUUUUACCUGAAAUGCACAGGGUCCUCUACUCUGACAAUUAUUCCACAGAUAAAAGGGUAAACUGAGUUCGUUUCUAGUAAACUCUCCUUCAGGCUUCUUCUUCUUCUUUGGACUUUAUAUGGCGGUUUGCAACCAACUUUAAGGUGCAUUCCCACCACCAACUGGACUGGAGUGUGGACCUCAGUUCAUCUUUCAAUCACCCACGUAUAUGGGUAUAUGCUCCUAAAAACCAAUGAAGAGAUGGGAGAGGCGGGACUUGCAGCAUGUCAAGCGUCACAAAUAGAACCAAGCACCUGGCUACGCAGAUGCGCGUGAGCUGUGUGGGUGCAAUGAUUGAAUAACAUAUGUGUAUAUUUAUUUUGCAACACUCGCACACGCGACUCGAGCGGUGUGGUCAGCAUGUAAGUUGCUCUGGAUAAGAGUGUCUGCUAAACAACUAAAAUGCAUGUUCAUGUAAAUGUUUCAAGGGGUCUGGCAUACCAGUCAACCAAAGGAAUGCCUGGAAUGUUCCGGUCCCAGGUGUCCUUGUGGUUGGUGGAACAGCGGGGGCAGGGGGCCAGGCACCGCAGAUUUAAAGGGAUACUUUGAGAUUUAGGUUGUUUUUCUACUUACCCAGAGUCAGACAAACUCAUGGAUACUACUUACUCCAAAGCUGGGUGGUUGGUCAUUUAUAUUCUUACAGAGCUAUACAUUGUAAUCAAUGUUUUAUAAAUGUGUUAAUUUUACUGCUAAUCAUAAGAAACGAGAUUCUAUCCACUUCUUCAUUUUCUGCCCCGUUGUUGCAUAGAGAUGUAUAGAGAUCGCAACGGUGUAUCUUUCCCAUUAUACAAUGGGUGGUUCUAAUCCUGAAAGCUGAUUGGUUAAAACUGCAUUCCAGCCGGUGUCUAUUCCACAAGUUACCACUGGCUAAAUCUGACGCUAAAAUGCCUAUUUACUCUGUUCCAUCUGACUGCGCAAUCCACUGUCUCAUCAGCCCUGCCAUGUAAUUGAUCAAAUAUAUCUCCUCUAUAAAAAUAAUCUAGACAUUAUCUCACAUUUCUUUUAGACUAACGUUUAGUUUUUAACUGCGGAGUUUUGCAUAAACCUUGCUGUCUGUCUCUCUGACAUGUGCAACAUUGUUUCAAUAUUCAAAUUCGAUCCCCAGCUGUCCCAUAGUAAUGAACGUCUCGGGAGUCGGGAAGAGACAGACAGCAUUUCUCAGCCAGUCAAAAUCAUGAACCAGCUGGCAUACUUUUUAUGGAUAUAAAUUAAGAAAUGUCAAUUGAAAAAAGGUAAAACGAAACGAAGUGCAGCUAGUUUGCAGUCUUUCCAGUUUUAGUUUGAAGUAAUUGUGUUAGCUGUGUUGUUGGCUAGCUCCUCUGAACAACAGUGUCCGGACAACAGAGAACAUUUUCUAUGCCAGGUGAUAUCGCACCUCAUUAGCUCAUUGUUAUGGAUGUAUCCAAAUAAAUGUCACAAGAAAACAGGUUAUGAAAAUGCAGCUACUGUUAUUCUGGCUGCACUCUUUGACGUGACUAAGUUAGCUAGCUAGCAAGCAAGGGAUAAGUACGUUGCCAGCCAGUAUGGCAAUGGAACAUUUAGAACGAACGACUGGGUUGCGUCCAUAGAUAAAGAACAAAAAGACUGGGUCACAUCUCUGGCAACCGAUCCGAUAGAACGAACGACCAGCCGGCUUGGGUGGCAACCCUAGAUUUGUGUCUGGAAUAUAUCUUGUGGAAGGAUGAUAUAGUAUGAAUAAAAUAAUCAAAAUAAAAUGUUUAAUUAAAAUGUCAAUCAUUAUUUUAAUAUGUUGGUAACCCGUUGUAUAAAAGUGAUAAUGCCUGUGCGCUCACAGACACCAUAAUUAAGUGAUAAAGCUUCUCGGGCAUUAUCACUUAAUUAUGGUGUUUGUGAGUGCACAGGCAGUGCCAUUGAGACAGAUACAAUUACAUUUACAUCAUGUUGCGAUCUCUACGCGACAACUGGACAGAGAAUGAGGACGUGGAUAGAAUCUAGUUUCUUAUGAUUAACAGUAAAAUGAACAAAUUUAUAAAAUAUUGAUUACUAUGUAUAGCUUUGUAAGACUAUAAAUGAACAACCACCCAGCUUUGGAGUGAUUAGAAAGUAUAUUUCCCUGCUUUGUUUGAAGUAACGUCUUUGUUGUUGUAAUAUCGCAAACGAACAUGGCAGUUUCACGGCUAUGGAUUCCAGCUUUAAAUAAAUUAUGUUUUUUAGAUUUGAGCAUCUGUGAUCUCCAAAAUCCUCAAUUACCUAAAAUGUGUAAUUGGUGUUACCAUUAUUGGUGUUUCCUACUGGUGGCAAAAUGUUAUCAUAAUGGUAAAAAUGAUUUAAAUAAUAAUAUUUAAAGUCAUAAGCUCCCAUAUUAUUUGAUUUAGAAUGGGAAGAUGUAUCCAAAUACAUUUCAAUAAAUACAAAUCCAGGAAUAUGAAGUUAUUUUGUUUCCAAAAUUCCAUGCCCAAAUGCCACCGCAAUUCAAGAACGACUGCAAAACAUUGUCAUUAGACUCCUCUUCAUCAUUAUGCUAUGCCAAAAUAAGAGUCCUGCCAUUUGAAUCAAUGCUCUUAUAUACACAUUUUUAAGGUCCUUGUUGUGGUCUUCCUUGCCGUUAUGACCUGUCUGUUGCCAUUCUUGAGCGAAAUCUCAGCAAUUCUUGAUUUCUUCCCCUUUUCCACAGGACCUGUUGAAACGUUGCCACAGUGCAGAUGCAACGUAUCUCUUCCAGCAGGACAAGUUCUAUGACAUGAGUCUGGACACAGGGGACAAGUCCAUACAGUGCGGCCGUAAGGUUGACUGCCUGAAGCUGUGGUUGAUGUGGAAAGCUGUGGGGUCACAAGGCUUGGAAGAGCGUGUGGACAGGGCUUUCGCUCAUACAAGGUACAAACAUAAAUCCCAGCUAGCACAUUUGGUUCCUUGGAAGUUGUGGGAACGUACAUUCUUGCUUUCCCAUUGGAUCUGGGAACAAAGCCAUAUGUUUCCUGAUUGGUAAAAUUGAAAGGUUCUUUAAACUUUCUGAGAAAGGAAGUGAAAAUGUUGCCUAUUUCGGGGAAUGUAAAUGUUUUGGUUGCAGGGAGGUUCUGAGAAUGUUUUACAAUGGUUCCCUUAAAGUUUUCCUGGGAGGUUUUAUUAACGUUCUUAGAACAAAAAUGAUAGGUUAUUUGAAGGUAAUUAAAUAACAUUCUGAGAACAUGUUUCAAUAAGACUUUGAAUAACACUGCUAGCUUAGAUGAACUGUUUUGAACUCCAAGCACAGAUAGGACACAUGGCAAUUCAUUGGUUUAGGCAUUAAUCAUGCAAACAAAUGUAUUUAUUUUAUUCUGUUCUCUAGCCAUGGAAUUAGUAUCUUAAAAUGUGCUGAGAAUGUUCUAAAGCCAAGCAACUAUCCUGCACCAUUCCCAGAACAUUGUGGGAAGGUUGUACGCAAAAUAAUCAUAGGACAGGGUUAUUCAACUCUUACCUUACAAGGUCCGGAGCCUGCUGGAUCUCUGUUCUACCUGAUAACUAAAAUGCACAAACCUGGUGUCCCAGGUAUAAAUCAGUCCCUGAUUAGAGGGGAACAAUGAAAAAAUGCAGUGGACCUGGCUUCUAGGUCCAAAGAUGAGUUUGAGGGCCAUAGGAUAACCACACUCUCACCAAGCUCUAAGAAACAUAUGGUUCUCAGAACAUUAUGUGUUAGCUGGGACAUUCACAGAACCUACAGCUGUAAUUCUGACUAGUCAAGCUCCUCACUUAAAAGACUUCAGAGCUCUCAUUUAAAGAUGUUAAUAUCUAUGUCAAUUAAAGACGUUUCAAAUAUUAUGGAACAAAGAUCUGUGUGUUGACUGUCCCACUCGUAGAUAUCUGGUAGAGAAGAUGAAGAAAAGAGAGGGCUUUGAACUUAUAGGGAAGGUAAGUCAUUGUUUCAUCAAAUAGAUACAAAACAUUUUCUUCUCCCAUUUUCAUCUCACCUGUCUUCUGGGUUUCUCCUGUAAAACAGCCUGAGUUUGUGAACGUGUGUUUCUGGUUCAUACCACCCAGUCUGAGGGGAAAGGAGAACAGUCCAGACUACCAGGACAGAUUGUCAAAGGUUGGUGUGUGUCAAGUUGUUUACUAUGAUGCCAGUUAUAUUUUUUAACUCAAUUUCUAGGACAUAUUCUACAUUUAAACCUGUUAGUUUCUGUCGGUCUGGCUGACAUAAUGCUGUGAUCUUGUAUCUUCACCAGGUGGCUCCAGUGAUAAAGGAGCGUAUGAUUAAGCAGGGUACUAUGAUGGUGGGCUACCAGCCUCAGGGAGGACGAGUCAACUUCUUCCGCAUGAUAGUCAUCUCUCCGCAGCUCUCCUACCAAGAUAUGACCUUCUUUCUGGAUGAGAUUGAGAGGCUAGGGAAUGAUCUGUGAUAGUCAUUCUAGUUAUAGUUUUGCAUCUCCAUUUAUGUCACUGACUCCUCUGACUCUCAGCAUCAGAUAUGUCUGUUUUGUGUGUUUUUUAACAAUAAUAUUACUAGUUUUUUACAGUUUUGGGGAAACUACUUUGAAAAUAUAGUUUACCAAGCUACUAAUUACUUCACAAUGGAAGAAGUUAAGAUACACAAAAAAUACCCUUAAGAAAAACAUAGUUUACUUAACUAAAGUUACUUUGAAAAAGUAGUUCACUACAUCCAAACUACUCCGUGAUAAAGUAUAUCUAAAGGUGAAAUGUCAGACUACAAAUUUUAAGAACAGAUCACAGAUCUGCAGUCAAUGUUAACAGAAUGUGUAAUUUAGCCUAUUUAACACAAAAACUGAUUCAAGUGAGAAUUAGGCAGGUCUGAUGCUGAAAAAGAAAGGAAAUUCCUACUUCACCCUUUAAAUUACAUUUUUGCAACAAACAAAAAAAUUGUGUAGUUAACUACUGAAAACACUACCAAGAUUUAAAUGUAGUUCAACUACCACCAAGCUACUGCAAAAUGUAGUUACAUUACUAGUUGAAUUACAUGUAGUUAACUACUCCCCAACACUGCUUUUUUAUCAGACUACUCUAAUGGCACUGAUUGUCGCCUAACAAAGUGCCUGAAAUGUGGUAUGUGACACAGUAAUAAACCUAGUCCAGUGAUAUAUAUAUAUAUAUAUAUAU